AGCAACAGAAGCAGCAGCAUCAGCAGCAUCAGCAUCAGCAGCAGCAUCCUCAUCAGCAGCAUCAGCAGCAGCAGCAUCAGCAACAGAAUAAUCAUCACCACCAUCGGCGGCAGGAGUAUUGUAUUAUCAUCAUCAUUCACAUCACAAGUGAGAAAAUCGGCGGAGUAAGCAGAAUCAGCAGUAGCAGCUGCAGUGUUGGGACGGAGCGCUGCAGUAGCGUUCACAUUAUCUUCGUGAUUAUUAUGACUAUCUUCAGCAGAAGCAGCAGCGUCAUCGUCACACUUCAUCAUCAUUAGCAGCAGUGGCAGUCGUCGCUUUAGCGCUGAAGUCCCAAUAUCAUAUUUCCCAUAAUCUUAGGAAUUUUUUAUUCUACAAUAAUUAUCAUCAGCAGCAGCAGCGUCAUCAUUACCCUUAUACUUCACCAUCGUCAUCAGCAGAAUCCAAUUCGUCUUCGCCUAUUUAUCAUCGCCAUCCCUCCCGCACCACCAUCAUCAGCACCGUUAACAUCAUCGCCAUCCAUCUCCUCCUCCACCAUCGUUAUCUGCAGCCUCACCCUCCUCCUCCUUCACCUCCACCCUCUACUACCCUUAUCCUCCACCUUCACCACCACUUCUGCCUUUCACCACCGUUACCACCACUCUCAACCACCACUACCCUCACCACCUCUAUCCUCUCCACCACCACCACCACCACCACAAACACCAUCCUCACCUUCAAUACCACCCUCACCAUCACGACCGUCGCCACCGUCACCACCAACAGACAAAAAUCCCCCCUCCGCCCCCGUAUAAAAAUAGCCUCAACAGACUGUUGGGAGGGGGGGCACGUGCCGUGUAUAGCGAGCAUCAUCACCCACCCUCGACCCACCUCGUUCUUCCCGCGCGAUGCUGGGCGCUCUGCUGCACGCCGCUCUGCAGCGGUGCCUCUACCGCCUCGGACUCCUCGUGGCCGGCCACCCGGCGCCGUUCCUUGUGGCACCCGCUCUGCUCGCCGCUCUGCUCGGCGCCGCCCUGAGCCGCGUCUCUGUCGAGAGCAAAGCUGAGGCUCUGUUCGCGCCCGCUCACAGUCUCGCCAAGCUGGAGGGCGCCCUGGCCGACGAGCUGUUCCCGCUGGAACGAUCUCGCCAGCGGCUCUACUCGGAGCUGCACACGCCGGGUCGAUACACACGGCUCAUCGCGGUGGCGCGCGGAGGAGGCAACGUGUUGGACGAGGGUCGACGCCUCGCACUCAUCUCCCUGCACUCGGCUCUGGUCACCAUGCCCGUGGGACGCAACUGCACCUUCUGGGACGUCUGCUCGAUCGACUGGGACCGCGAAUGUGUCCAAGAUGCCAUCGUGGAACUCAUGGGCGGACUUGGAAGAAGACGAGGAGGAGGAGGAGGCAAUGGCAGCAGCAGCGCUAGCGACGCGUCACGCCGCCGUUCCUCCAUCAUCAUCCGCUACCCCAAAGCGCGACUGCACGACAAUCAGGAGGUCUACAUCGGGCAUCAGCUGGGCGGAGUGACCCUCUUCCAGACCGACCGCGUGCUCUCCGCGCGGGCCCUGCAGAUCACCUACUACCUCGACUCGGCUCACGCGGCCUCCGAGCUCUGGGAGAGGGAAUUCAUGACGGCCGUGGAGAGCGCUCGACACAGGCACGCGCACGACUUGGCACUCUUCCCCUUCACCUCCUCGUCUCUCCAGACCGACUUCUACCAGAGUGGAGUCGUGGCCGCACCGAAUCUCGCCGGCGGAUUCGCUCUGGCCAUGGUGGUCGGCCCGCUGCUGGUGGUGGCGACGGCGACGAUGGUGGGAAGAGGUGGAGGAGGAGGUGGUGGAGGAGGUGGUGGCGGUGGAGGAGGAUGUGGAGGGUGGUGGGCGACAUUGAAGAACAGCAGAGGCAGGACACGCUCGGAAGAUCUGUGUUUCGGGCUGCUGCUGUUGGCUGGGUUCGUGAGCAUCGCUCUGACCACGCUGGCUACGGCUGGAGUCAUGACUCUCGCCGGGACACCCUACAACUCCACGCUCAUCAUCGUCCCCCUCGUGGCGCUGGGCCACGGCUCGCACGGCGCCACGGAGCUGCUAUGGACGUGGCGGCGUUUGGGCUGGGGGGUGCGGGGCCCCCCCGCGCGAGAGGAGGAACGCCUGGCGGCGACGUUUGCGCGCGCGCUCCUGCCGCACACGAUGCUCACCGCGCUGCAGAUCGUCACGCUGGCGCUGGGCGCCUCGCCGCUCACCAACACGCGCGCCGUGCAGGUUUUCUGUCGAUGCGCCUGCACGGCCACUGCGCUCAGCUACUGCGCCUGUGUCACCUUCCUGGGCGCCUGCGUGGCUCUGGCCGGCAAGGUGCGCGCCCUGCCCCCGAGGUGCUGGCCCGUGCCGUCGGCCACCACCACCACCACGGCCACAGUGGCGGCAGCAGCGGCGGCCACCGCCGUGGUUGUGGCCGGAGGAGAGAGGGUGGCGACCGCGGCGGCAGUCGCCGCUGCCGCUUGCGGCGGCGUGGAGAGCACGGCACAGGACCUCAAGCCGCCGCGCCGCAUCUGCGAGCAACCGGACCUCAUCAGCUCCAAGGAGCCGCCCUGCUCCACCGCUACCACCAACACCACCAACACCACCAACACCACCAACACCGCCUCCACCGCCGCCGCCACCACCACCGCCGCCGCCACAACGUCCGGCCCGCACCCGCCGGACGCGUCCCCCCGCCGCUUCAUGCGCGACCGCUACGGCCCGUGGAUCAGCGGCACGUACGUGAAGCCCUUCGUGGUGCUGCUCUACCUCGUCUACGCCUCCUUCUCCUUCAUGGGCUGCCUCCAGCUGAGGGAGGCCUCCGACCUCACGCACCUGGUGGCCACGCGCUCCGCCACGGCGCGCUACCGGGCGGUGCAGGACCGCUUCUUCAGCGACUACAGCCCCGUCAUCGGAUUCUACAUCUACGAGCCGGUGGCCUACUGGAACGCGAGCGUGCAGGAGGACCUGCUGGACAUCACCCGGCGCUUCAUCACCGUCUCGUGGCUCGAGCAGUACACGCGCUACCUGCGCGCCGCCAACGGCACGAGCGCGCUGCCCCGCGACCUCUUCGUGUCGACGCUGUGCGCCUCGUUCCUGCGCCGCCGCGAGUUCGCGCACUUCGCCGACGACGUGGUGCUCGCGGGCCCGCCGGGCGAGCGGCGCAUCGCCGCCUCGCGCGUCUUCAUGGUGGCCAAGACGAACGAGAACACGCGCGAGGAGAUCGACGGCCUCCUCGAGGCCCUGCGCAAGCUGUCGCUCACCUCGCGCGUCAAGUUCACCAUCCACAACCCGGCCUUCGCCUUCCUCGAGCGAUACGCCCUCUGGGUGGGCGCCCCCGCGCACGCCGCCGCCCUCGCGGCCGCCCUCGCCCUCUUCCUGUCGGCGGGGCUGGCGCCGCCGGGGGCCGCGCCGGCCCACGCCUGGGUGGCCCUCUGCGCCGCCUCCGUCCAGUUCGGCGUGCUGGGCUCGCUGGGCCUGGUGGGCGCGCAGCUCGACUGUGCCGCCGCGCUGUGCCUCGUCUACUCGCUGUGCUACGGCGCCCACGCCUGCGCGCCCCUCGUGGCCACCUUCGCCAUGGGACGCGGCAAGAGCCGGGCCCACUGGACCGCGGCGGCCCUCGACGCCCACGCGGCGCCGCUGCUCCACGCGUGCCUCUGGUUCUGCGCCGCCGUCGCAGCGUUGGCGGCCGCGCCCUCCAACCUGGCCCGGACCGUGGCACGGUGCCUGGGCCUCGCGUCCGCGCUCUCCGCGGUCCACUGCCUCGUCUUCCUGCCCGUGUUCCUCACCAUCUGCCCGCCCUCCAAGGCGGUGAAGCGGCGGCGGGCGGCCGACGGGGAGGCGGAAGAGGGCGACGCCGCGGGGGGGGCUGCCGACGGCGCGGUGGACCAAGCGACGUCCGUGUAGGUGACCGCGCCGAGGAGCUGGCGCCGUGCAGGCGGCGGGCCGGAGGAGGGCCGGGGGAGAGGCGGCAGCCCCUCCGGGGUGCCCCUCCCGGCGGGGGUCGCCGCACCGAGCGCGGAGGGGCACGCCGGCGCUUUGGGCCCCCUGGCUGCCAAAUAGCCUGGCUACGGCGCCAGGCAAAGGUAAAAGGAGCAGGCCUUGAAAUUGCUCGCUAGCGUCGAUACCUGGCCGAAUGGAAGGAGCCCCACUUGGACGGAGCUUAGGAGAGCCACUCGACAAGGGGUGUUUUGGCCUACUCUUCCAUGCCGGCCGGCACCUCUUGGAAGGGAGCGAGGGUACAGCGCUCUCCGAUGAGCGCGCCGAAUUUGUGCCGCCCGCUUCGUUCGGCGCGGCGUCCGACGUUCCGCUCCGCACGCUGGUACCCUCGGGCAGGAGCUAAAUUCAGGAGCAGGGCUUAAUUGCUCUCACCGAGUAUCCUUCGCUAUGUGGGCUACGGUGGGUGACCCACGUGACCAGGAGCCACAACCCAUCGCGAGAGGUACGAUUGAUGUGGCGAGCCGGGCGUGGAAAUUAAGCCCAGGGUGCAAGCAGUCGUGACUCGGUCGUGAUCCGAUCGUAACUUACGAGCGACUUUGUAGUAACUGGGUCCGCCGCUGGGUACAGAAGGCGACGUGGUUUGGGAACAUCAAGGGAAGGGACCCGGGUUGGAAUGGAUAUCCAAGUUCUCCCACCUCUCAGGUCGCAAACCCAUAACCGCGUCUGUCUUGGAGUCUCGGUGUGGGUGACCUUAGGUGGGGCGUGUGCGCUUGGAGAAGCAAGGGGUUGGUAGAUCACGCAGGGAUCUGUGUUUAAAAAAAUAAAAUCGCUAAACCCGCUGGGCUAUUGCUGCGAGGUGGCCAUGGGAUGGCAGUACAGCAAGUGGGUUGUUUCCACGGGUGUAUGUCGAUGUGUGUGCGUAUUUGUGUGUGUGUGUAUGUGGGGAGCGGUAUUAUAGUGGUUAGUGCGCUGCGCUAUGAAUCCGGAGACCCGGGUUCGAUUCCCGCUCAGCGGCCAACACCGGUGACGAUAAUUAUCUGAACCAGUCCGGGGUCUCCCCUAGGUCGACUCAGCCUCACAUGAGUACCUGGUACGGUGUGUAAACAUCGCCACUGGGGAGACAAACGCGGUCGGGCGUGGUGCUGGCCACCCACCCCCUCAUGUACCGUUCCGGCCGUCAUAGGUGCUCACUAACAGCACUUGCCCCUACAGUCUGUUAAGGCUAUACGGGGAAACUCUGUAUUUUUUGUGUAUGUGUGUGUGUGUAUAUAUGUGUGUGUGUAUCUAUGUGUGUGUGUAUGUGUGUGUACGCGUGGUGGGUUUUCUCCCGGGUCUCUCCCGUUUCUUACGGCACGACGCCAAAUACGAAUUAUUUAAUGGCAUUGAUGAUUAUUGGCCAAACAUUCGGCGAGAACAGGAGCCCUCUCUUGCCAAACGAGUCUUGAUCCUCAGCGCGGCAUUUCUGGAAAAAAAAGAAAGCCAAAAAGUGCCAAAUUUGAUCAAUUACUCGCAAUUGUAUGCACGUCGAAUGUAUGUAUAUGUUGACAUUAUUUUGCAACCGUACAUACCCAACCGUGCUAUAUCGGAGUUGCGCGGGGGGGGGGGGUAAUUGUUUUUUUAAAUCU